AUGGAGCACGUGGUGUGGGAGGACGGCUGGCCGCGCGCGGGCCUGGGUGUGCCCACGGCUUCACCCCAGCCCUGCGCGGCCGCGGCCGCGGCCCGACGUGCACCGCAGCUGGGGAUGCGGUGCCGCUGGCGGGUUGCACAGGGAUGGGACGUCUUCCUGGGCUACGACGGCAAGUUGACCAAAAGCCCCGACGAGGCCUUCCGCGUCGUUGCCGGUUUGCGGCCUGGGGGCACGGUGAGCCUUGAGGCUUUGUCGCGGCCUGGGCACUUCCUGCGGCACCGGUGCGGGCGCUUGGAGCUCGGUGUGUCAGAUGAUUCUGCUCUCUUCGCCGCGGACGCGUCCUGGAUGGCGCUGCCGGGCCUCGCGUCGUCACCGUGCACUACGGUGUCGCUGCGGUCAGUGAACUUUCCGGACUCCUACGCUCGGCACAAGAACGGGGAGCUUUGGAGCAACACGUUCGAGAUGUCUGAUGUCUUUCUGCAAGACGCAACCUGGAUACCGGAGCCAGUUUGA